CUUUGUGCGUAGCCAACAAACAGUUUCCCAGAUUGUAACUCACCACCCGUUGUUGAUAUUCACCUCAUUUCUGCCUUCACUUUUGCCCUACUAUUCCUUUUAUUGACAAGGUUCCCUCGACCAGAGCACCGCCUUCCUGGUUCCUGCUGAUACUGUUACUGCCUAGUACUGACUCACCAGCACACAAGACAUAUCUAGUAGUGGCUGCCGGCGUCUCUUCGUGACCACCAAGUACUUCCCAGCCUCCAACUCUGCCAAAACCACCCCGCUCGUUUCUCCCCUCACUAUCAAUACAAUGUCAACCAGAGCGCCUCUGGUCCAGGGUGGCCAUAUCCGCAAUCCGUUGCGCGUCCCGGAGACAUUCAUUUCCAAGACCCUCCCUGAGAUUUACGACAACACAAUCGUCGUCGCCGCUACCCAUCCCGCCCUCAGCAGCUCGCAUGCCACACGUGACGGCUGGUUUCUUUCAGAUUUUUAUGCCUUCAACUACCUUCUGAAAGGUAUGGGCCAUCCUGGAGACAAGGAUCGGAAUGUGCCAGGCCAGGUCUGGCUCACUGCCGCGGAUCCCCGUGCUGUGGUCACCAAGUGGCCUGACCAGCAAUAUCUGCUUCAUGGAAACCCAUACCAAACUCGCCGAGUCGUUCUCAGUGAGCCUCUGCUCAACGCUAACAAGUACACCCCCGUUACCCUCGUCAAGACUUCCAACAUGAUUGAGGAAUUCCUUACGGCUGUACGGAAGGCGUCGGAGCUGGCAAAAAGAGAGGGAGCCCCCCUUCUCCUGCUCGUGUUCUGCCAUGGACUUAUUAACCACCAGCUGUUGCUUGAUGACGGCAACCAUAACAAGGGCCUCAGUAUCGUCCGACUGAAAGCGGCCAUCGAGCCAGGAUGCCGAGUGACACUGGUCACAACCGCCUGUUAUUCUGGUGGAUGGGCUAUUCACCCGGACUUAAACCACACCACCCUAACAGCUGCCGGGCUUGAAAAUACAUCCAACGCCUGGCUUCCUUCCGCCAGUAUGGGCCGCACCUGUGGCUCUAUUUUCUGCAGUACUCUCAUCGAAACCCUGUCCAGCGUUUCCAGCCCCCUCCUUGACAAUCCCGCUCCAGGACCGGCACAAGAUACGGAAAGCCUGCAGCCAGAUAAUCCUACCCAACUACAGACUGAGUCAUACAAUCAGUUCUGCCGCUCGAUCCUCGAGGUCUGUGGGGAACGCGUGCAUCGCCUGUGGGCCGAUCAGGAAUUCACCUUCAGCGCUCAGGACGAUGAUUGGGAAUACUCAUGGACGGCCCGAACGGGGAUCCCGUUGGCCAGAUUUGAGGAGCGCUGGAACAGCCUUCAUAAAGUCACCUACACUCCACCGAUGGGGCAAUCCCAUCCACUCGUCGAUCCCAACCCGCGCAAUCCGGCCUUCGAUCCUUCCGCCUCCCUGGCAUCCCUCACGGGCGGGAGCCGUGAUGCCCAAUUUCCGGAUACCACAGAGAGCACUCGACUGCGCGCUGUUGAGAUGGCCAGGCUGCUUCUGCAGGCCUGUCCUGGCGACUGGACCCAGGGGCAGAAUGUGGCUCUCGCGGGCAAACUCCGGAGCUUCGUAAAGGGCGAGGUAAUCCUCGGCGCUAGCAAUCUCACUUGCACGGAGGUCUUAUCCGUGGUGCGGUUUCGGUGGGAAUCGGGUCGCUUUGCCGAUCGCAUCGUCGAUCACUUUCGGCUCCCAAGGCCCGGCAACACCACGUGCAUGUUUUGGGACAUGUCUCUCUGGAUGCAGGAUGUUGCUGGGCGCGUCCCAGACUUCAAGGAGCGUCGCAGCAAGAUCUGGCGCGUUUUCCGCGAGGCCGGCUUCGUCAUUAUGCCAACGCAGGAGCAGGGCCCCCCAUUCUACCGCUUCUCAGACUAUAUCAUCUCAGCCAUUAUCGAGGCGGGUAAAUCGCACGAUGCGAUGAUGGAAACGACGCAACAGAUCGUUGACUAUUUCCGCCGCGCCAAGGAGACCGCCCAAGACCAAGUCUACCAGGUGCGCCGAGUGCGUACCCUCGGCCGCGACUGGCUGAAGACCGUAGGGAGACGUAUUCGCCGCUCACUCUCGCCAACCAAGAGGCCCGGAAACGUUGUCGAGCAAUCCGACCUCGCUCGGACUGGGUCCACCACAUCGACAGGUGCGCAUCACCGCUGGUAGAGCUCGUCAAUCUGGCAUGAUUCAGAGCAUCACACUCUCGCCCCGUAUCGGCUUAGA